AUGGCUGAUGAGAUGCCAUCUUACAUAGAAGAAAUGAAAGAUGAAAUGUCACCAACUGUUUAUACCCGAUUUGAAGAUAAAAGCAAAGUAUACAAGCCAAAAACAUUAGAAGAACUUCUGGGAGACACACGUCGGUAUUGGAAAACUCAGCGAUGGGGUACACACCAAUACGGAACAUACGGGAAUAGAGGCCAAGUGUGUGUCUACAUACAGAUGUCCUAUAAGAACGCUAUCACAAAUAUGAAGCGCUAUUUCCGCAUUCGAGGUACAUACGCUGACAAUUCGGAAUACGAAAUUGGCUACGUUACACACGAGAUAAUAUUCCAUUACCAGAUCCUUCUAGAACUUUACCAGCUGAUCGAGAAGCGGUUUCUCCUACACCCAAAACUCAACGCCGCUCCAACUGAGCUCAUGCUAUACUUCUACUCAAACAUCGUUGAGGAAAGCAGAACAAUAAUAUACUUGUGUAAUAUGCUGCAUGAGGUCGAACAGAAGUACAAAGGCAGGGGAUCGAAGAAGAAUAAGAAUGCGUUUGAUGAUUAUUUAGAUGAAUCAAGCAAAAAGGGAUCAAAAUCAAACGUGCCACUAACAAAAGAAGAGCAGUACGAAGAGUAUGUGAAAAUGAAAGAAAGAGAAGCAGCUAGGAAGAGAAGACAGUUAGCGAAGCAGAGAAAGCAGAUGGAGAAGUAUGGAGUGAGGACGCGGCCAUCCAUAUUCGUUACAAAGAAAGGUCGCUUCCCGCUACAUUAUGGAUGGUCAAUAGAAGAAUGGUGACUUCGAUUAAACACCUCAAGUUGAUACAAAUUUUCUUUUAUUUCUUAA